AUUAGAAAGUGUGUCGUCCGGGAUUAUCGUCUAUCGCUAUCCUACCGAAAAAAAUACAGCUCGAUUAGUUCGAUUAUCUUGAUACACACACGAGCGGCGUAACUAAGGUUCGAUCACUUCGCUAAAUUUAUAAUGUAUAGCUUUUUAAUGUAAUGAAGGAAAAUAUCACGCGAAACGUAGAGAAAAAUAUCCCGCUAAACGUAGUUGUUGACAAUCUUGCGACAAUCGUUUCGUCCUUCUUUCAGCCACACAAUUCUCACAUAUGGAUACGUUAAUAUGCAAUAAAUGCUUCGUCCCGAUGUACAGAGGGAAACAGCCAUAUCAUAUAACACAAUGCGGUCACGUUUUUUGUCAGGACUGUUCGCAACAAGCCGAGAAGCAAUGCACGCAGUGCGAAACCUACAACGUCAUAUCAGUACCACUGAAAGAGCCGUUGGCGCCCAUGUUGAGUCCCUUCUUCGUACCGCUCGAGGAAACUCUCGAGAUAUUGCGGAGGGUCGAUGUGUUUCGGACCAACCAAAUGAAAAUAACUAUGAAGCGCUUUCAUGAACUUGACAAGAAAUACGAGAUGACGAAGAAUCAGUAUUGGAUCGCGCGAAAACAAAUGAUCGAGCUCGCGAACAAAUUGAAGAAUAUGAAGUUGGAAAAGGAGAGACUCGACAAGAAACUACUGUUCGCAGAGGUUCCGAGGCAACGGCCUUUUUUAGAGAAUUCUUUUAGAGAGUCCAACACGACGAUGACACCGAAAAAUUCCAGUAUUUUUAUUCGUCCAUCUAGCUCAGGAUAUUCCUCAGAAUUGAUGGAGAUACAAUCUGUCGAUGUAAUCCCCAUGCAAUCGAGAGAAGUCAGGAGACACUACAAACCCGCCGACGGUUUUCGAGUGCCUAUCAAACGCAAAAAUAUUUGGGUGGAAACGAAGGUUCAAGGCAGAGAUACAUUUAUCAUCAUGAUGUACGGACAGAGAGUGGCUUUCUGCGUAAUACUUCUUCUACUACUGAAAAUAACAUAUUUCCAUGUUUUGGGCAAACAGAAUCACUUAAUGCCGGAACAAUGGGAAUUGGAAGAUAUGCCGUUUUUGCCCAUUAUUUUCGCCAAUUCGGAAUAUUUGUCGGAUGGACCGUGCAAGGAAGACACGCUGAUAUUUUUACAUGAUCUACUUAACGGCUCCGCAUGGGCUGUGCAAAUGUUUGAUUCUUCGACGAAAUAUCCGGAGGGUAUAUUAUACGGUCAUACAAGACACUUUGGAAACUUCGAUGAAUGUUACAAUCUGCAAGUUAAUAUCGCGGAAGGAAAUACUAAUAUUCGCGAAAUCAAUGGCAAAUACUGUUUAGUCAAUAUUGAAUAUGAGAAAAAACAUGCAACUUCGAUUCAUCAAAAAGUAUCAAAAUCAAAAUACCACAACGAUACUUUAGAUAAAAGAUAUUCUUUUUGGAAAGUGAUAAAG